AUGGACAUGCUGUCGGUUAAAUCCCGGGAUAACGUAACAGUGUCCAUUGAUGAAGCUCAGAAAUGUAAACAGAGUGGACUGAGGGUUGGGAAUGCGCCCCCUCAUCUGCUCCGUACUGAUAAAGUAUCCUUAAGCGAUGUCUACCCGCCAAACCUCACAGUUGGAAAUAGAAACAAAAAUAACAAUUUAUUUCCACUCAUCAAAAUUAGUCUUCGCUUCGCCUUCGACCACUUAAAAUUAGUCAGAUUGUGCAACCAGAUUACACAAACCAUGACAAAAGCAAGAGUUAUGCUGCGUUCAAGUUACAACGGAAGACGGAGGUGGAAGUCGAAAAACUAA